AUAGUGGGAGGACUGCACUGGGGAAUAUCUGCCCAGAGAAUACAAUACGUUUUCAGCUCAUUAAGUUGGAUAAACAAAUGGCUUACUGUAGGAGAUGCUGCGAGUCGUGGACAUCAGCAGGAAAACAUUGGAAAAUCAAUAACUCCAGAGGGGCGGUGGAAAAGCAUUAAUGGGAUGCCAUUAAAUUUAUCGGACGACACUAAUCGCCCAUCUCAGUGCACCCCCUCGUCUGGCACUAAAUUGAUGUGGAAGACCAGUGGUGUGUUAGAGACAGUGAGCAAGAUGGGUAACGCCAUUCGAGGUGUCAUUGCCUUCAUUCCCUCGGAGCGCUGCCAACGCUUCUUAGUGGGUGACCUGAAGGAGAUGCCACUUGAUCGGACCCUGGACCUGAGUAGUCGGCAGUUGCGCCGGCUGCCUGUUGCUGCCUGUGUCUUCCAUGAACUGGUGAAGCUCUAUCUGAGUGACAAUAACCUCAGCAGUUUACCGAUUGAACUGCAGGGCCUGAAGAAGCUGCAGCUCCUGGCCCUUGACUUUAACUGCUUUGAAGAGCUCCCUCCAGCUGUUUGCCGUUUGCCCCAGCUCAGCAUCCUUUACCUGGGUAACAACAGGCUUUGCCACCUCCCCAGAGAACUGAAAGAGCUCAAGGAACUUAAUACACUGUGGCUGGAGACUAAUUGCUUCACUGUUUUCCCUAAGGUGGUGUGUGAGCUCUCUAAUCUAAAGACCCUGCACCUCGGUUAUAACCAGAUACAGAGUUUACCGAAAGAGCUUAGCGGGCUGGAAGAGCUAAGAAGUGUCUGGCUUGCGGGGAACCAAUUGGCAGAGUUCCCACCAGUGUUGCUGGAAAUGCACUUUCUCGCCGUCAUUGAUGUGGAUCGGAACAGAAUACGACGCUUCCCUGGUCUGUCUCACUUGCAUGGGUUGAAACUCAUAAUCUAUGACCACAACCCUUGUGUUAACGCCCCGGUAGUCGGCGACGGAGUCAGAAGAGUCGGGCGCUGGGCGGACAGCUCGGACGAUGAACAGGAAGAUGAUGGGUCAAAAGCAGCAAUUGAGAGUACAGCAGAGGUCACGGAAGAACCCGAGGAGGAGCACAACAUUAAGGACAUUUAGGGUGAAGGAACAAAGUGACCUUCAGCUGUGGUGAGGCACAGGAUGUAUCCAAGUGGAGCACCAAAAGCAGGGUGGUGGUGUGUUAUACAUCAGGCUGACAGUUGGCCCAUGUAUGGUAAAGACAAUCAUAAUGAGCUGUCAUGCCUCAGUUUGAUUU